AUGCCGGCAAAGCGAGAGUCUGGCGCGACGUCGCACAAGGACGAUUCACAACACGACCAUGCGGCUCUGCCAUCCAUCUCGCUGCCCUUUCGCGCACCGUCCGGAGGCCUCCUGAGCCUGGUUCAGGCUCUCUCGUCGCUUCUUUUCAAGCUUGCCGUCUACGUCUUUCUACGUUGGAUCCCCACCUCGCUCGCGUCCCCCGUGAUCCCAGCGUUGUACGCAGCCUAUGUGCUCACGUCCGUCUACCGUGACUACACCAUCCGAAACGCCAUCUCGGAUCAUGUCGCCAAGGAUGCUGCUCAUAAUCUCCAGCAAUUGGCAGAGACAGUCCAAGUCAGCGACAUCAAAAUCCAGUCCAAGCUCACAGCCAAGCCCGUCGAGAACAAGCCUUCUGACCAGAAUGGCGCUACAGCUACCAAGCCCGUCUCUCCCUCUGCCUCGUACGCCGACGUAGCGAAAGGUGCCAAACCUGCUCCCUCCGCCAAGUCAGCCUCGACCUCACAGAGCGAAACAGCCGCGCAUGCCAAGUUGCGUCGCCUCGGCCCCUUCGAAUUGUUCAAGGCAUUGGUGCUCGGCACUUCAACUCGAUCCUCACGCUUCAAUUUCUACAUUGUGCUCGCCCACACGCUCGCCUUUGUGCUCUUCCUUGACAGCUUCCUUUCGCCGUACCUGUUUCCUUCUCACUGGGACUACAACCUGGCUUUCGCUCGCACUGGUGCUAUUGGACCCACCUUUGCCAAAGUUCACGUCCGCUACCCGCCACCCGAGCUCGCAAAUGCACCCAACGCAUCGGCUGUCGUGCCUUCCCCACUCGCCGGCUCAUUCGAUAGUCUGACGGCUGACGCGUCUCUUGCCACCACUACUCACCACUCUCAACACGCCCCUCAACCCAUCGAGCUACUCGUAAAGUAUCGACGCUCGCUCAAUCUCACCGAAAACGAUGACGCCUUCCGCAAGUCCUCGCGAGCCUUCGCCAAGCCAUACCUCGCCACUCACGAGAGUCUCUGGCUCAACGGCCCGCUCAUUACCUUGCGUCCCGAGAACGACUGGACCGCCACUGCCUUCAUUGACGAGCUCUGGCCUUCGACUACGUACGAGUGGGGUCUGUCGCAGUUCCAGCCCGAACAAGUGGAUUACUCGGACGAGGUGCGCAUCAUUGAAAAGUUUGUCGCCAACGAUGACAUCAGCCGUCGAAACUUCUUCACCACCUGGCCUGACCCGAGGCUCAGCUCUUACAUGCAAUCCAAGAGCCUCGGGACCGAUGGCGAGCAAGCAGAAGAUACCAACCCGCUCGAAGAUCCCAACCACUUUACAUUCGCCUCGACAUCGUGCGUCAAGCCCGACUUUCCUUACCAUCCAGCACAGUUCUGGGGCUGGAACUGGCUCCUGAGGCUCGUGGGGAUCGGUACGGAACAGGGCGGCAUCACCGAGCGUAAUCGUAUUCCGGGCUUCGAUCUGCUCUACAAGCGAGCGGUAGCUGGCCGCGAAUCCCGACCCUCAUUGCGCUUUCUUUUGCAGCUCGGGGACCUAAUCUACGCCGAUGUUCCGCACUACGGAGGGGCCGAUACAAGCUCAUACCGCAAGCUGUAUCGCAACCUGUUUGCGUCCAACAGCUUCCGCCGCUUCUUCAAGCACGUGCCAGUGAUUGGUAUUUACGACGACCACGAGGUGAUCAACAAUUGGUCGGGCAGGGACGAGAACGACGAAGAGAUCGCCGCCUACCCCUCGGCCAACACAGCGUGGAAAGAGUACAUUGGCGACGUCAAUCCUGAGCCGCUUGAGUCUGGCGAGAACUACUUUACGUUCCAGUACGGCGAAUCUGCCGCAUUCUUUGUCAUGGACACGCGCAAACACCGCACGCAUCACACGGCGGAUGACGACGAAGACAAGACGAUGCUUGGCUACCGUCAGAAGGAGGAUCUGUACAAGUGGCUGGCGGCGGUCAACGAGACAGCAGCGUUCAAGUUUGUGGUGAGCUCCGUGCCCUUCAACACGCUGUGGGGAGGCGAACUCGAUGUGGACGGACAAAAGGACAGUUGGGCAGCGUACAACACGGAGCGGCUCGAGAUCGCCGAGGUGCUUCGCUACGUGCCAAACGUUAUCGUGCUCAGCGGCGAUCGACACGAAUUUGCAGCGGUGAGCGUACUCGACACCAUCACCGAAUUCAGCACAAGCCCAUUGAGCAUGUUCUACCUGCCCAUCCGCACGCUCUCGCAAGAUCACGGCGACGGCAAGAUCGGCGUCGACAAGCUGCUCAAGUACUUGCCCGACGGCAACCACAAAUGGACCGAGUUCGAGGUGGAUGCUCGCGACCCGUACCAGCCUGUAGUGCGGGUCUCGGUGCAGAUCGAUGGGAAAGAGGCAUGGAAGACAACGUACGUGGGCAAAUCGCUGCGCAAGACGCAGGGCGGCGUCGGCGGAUUGAUCCGAAACCUGCUCGAAUCUUUGGGCUUCCGCUUUGACUUUUUCUACAAGGUGUGA